GAUAUUCGUUCCAUGUUGUUUUUUCUUGGGACUAACCAGCUGGAACGGAACUUGACUGCUGGGGAGGAACCGUAUCCCUCCAGUUCACUUUCUUGCAUUAGUAGUGAAGUGGUUUGCUUUUCACCAGUUUCAACCCUGCUUAGCUUUUUGAGAUCAGUUUUGUAUUGGAUGAGUCUGUUUUGAAAGAGCACUUUAAGCCAUUCUCCUCAUAUGGCUACCAUUGCUUGGCCAAGAUUGUAACUCAGUGGAAUUAUAUUAGAUGACUUCCCUAACCUUACAUAUAGAUUUGCUCAAGUUAUUUCAAAGGGAUGGUGGCAAUAGAUACAAAACAUCAUUCAUGAUUUUUUUAAAAUAAAAAAAUGAAGAAAAUGUCUGUCAUCUAAAAUGAGCUGAAAAUCUAUUGUUACACUAAUAGUGACUAACUCUGAUUUUGUUGUUUGUCUUUUACUUUUUCUGUUUUGUUUUGUUUUUAGGUGUGACACACCGUUACGAAAAUGUUAAAGUAGUGGAGAUAUCUGUGCAGCCAACUGCAGUUGAAGGGAUUGUAUCAGAAGGAAAAGAUACUGUUGAAGUUCAGCAACUUUCCAACGCAGGUGAAACUGCAGCAAAAAAGGAAGAGCAAACUUUGAAUGAUCUUGUGAAUCUUUUGCAAGAUGUGGUAAAAAAUAUCCCCACAGAAGUUGUAUUGUCAACUGAACCCCCUCCAACUUUUUUGGCACCCGAAAUGGCAACUUCUCCAUCUGUAGCAGUGGACACUGUUUGGGUAAAUGUGCACCCCCAAAGUGAGAAGUCCCAGUCAAUUGCCUUGAUGAGAACGGAUACUCCAACUACAACAGCCUUUUGGAAACUCAGAAAUGACUCAUCUGCAUCUGUUAUCCUGCACCCAAGUCCCUCAGAAAACCUCCCACGUGAGACAAGUGAGUCUGUUAUUCUGAUUUCUGAAGAGUCAACUCCAGGAGACACACUGAGCACUAUUUCCAUUCAGUUGGAAAAAGAAUCAACCACUAAGAAAGAAGCUCCACCUGUAACAGAAAUGAAGCUGGACAUAGAGCUGCCUUCCUCCCUCUCAUCCGAAGCAUCUGAGACAGAAAUAAAGCUGGAUAUAGAGAUCACUCCUUCCCCAUCAACACCUCCAGCCGUCAUGACAUCUCCUUCCCCAUCAACAGCUACAUCAGUAUCGGAAGUGGAGAUCGUUUUGCCUGCAUCUGAGUCUGUGGAAAAGAAAGCAGAAGACACGGAAAAAGAAAUGGGGAAAUUAAAAGCAUUUAUUAAUUUAUUAUAUGGCUUUAGCCCCGAAUUAACAGAAUAUGCAGAAAAUUCACCACAUAAAAAGAUGGCUCAGGAUAUGGUUGAAAGAUCAAUGGAUGUCCUGGAUGCCAUAAAGAGUGUUUUUUGUGGAAAUCCCAAAAAACAAAGUAAACAGAUUUUGAAGCAUUUGUUACAGAAAGACAUGGAGCUCGUAAGACAAGCCAUGAAGGAAAAAAGAGCCUCUUAAGAUACGUUUACUCCUUGGUACUGUAGGUUUUAUGAACAAUCAAGAGGUCUGGUAUCUUAAUUGUAACAGCUAUUGAAAUACACCUGUAGCCUUUUUCAUGCCCAAAAUUAAAUGUUUGUUUUUAAAUA